UUCCCAACAGCUGACCACCAUUGUUUUUGCGCAGUAUAUCAAGUUUGUGAGUCUUUUGUCUAUUUUCAAAAAUUCGCUAGUCUUUUGUUAAAAUGGUAUUAAAGCCAUUUAAAUUGUGAUAUAUUAGGAGGAAAAUAAUAUCGAAAAUGGUGAAGCAUUAGUUUUCAUCUGCUCAAAUUUGCGUGUUCAAACGCAUAUACUAUACAAACAGUGUAUCACUGUACCCCGGUAGGGGCUCCACCACCCAAGACCCAAUGUGAAUCCCAGUGGAGAGCGCAAGAUGAGCAAAUAAAACUUGCAGUGCCAAUAAUCAGAAGAGAAAAAGACUUUGAACUGUGCAGUUCGAAUGAAGUGAUUUUCACAAUUAUACGUAAAAUACCGUCAACGGGGAACAGAAAUUCAUAGAUAUCCAAAAAAUAUAAAUGAAAUGCCUGCAAAUAUGUGUGUAGUGUAAACAGUGGAACUAAAGCAAAUAAGAAAAGCAUAAAGCGUGUAUAAUAAAAUGUAAAGUCGAUAUUCAGGUGGGAAUGUGUGUAGCUAAAAUUUGUAAUUAUUGAAAUACAGAAAAUAUUUGAAAGCAGAGUAAACUAGGCAAAAAAACGUACUAACAAAACAAAAAAUCAGUGCUGAUUCAGUGCCGCACGAAAGCUUUGUAUUCCAACUGGCACGUUUGGUCAAUACGGUUACAAACCUACUUGAGUGUUAGUUCAUUAUACACAAUUAUUUGUGAUAAGCGCAUGCAAAUGCCUUAAGUGGUACGACGACACUAUUGUUUUCGCAAGAUUUCAAUAUUUAUCUCUGUGCCAAUUAACACCGAAACGCUCUAAACCGUUGCAUUAACACACCUGUGGGUAUCACAAAUCAGCAGCUGAGAGAAGCCACAAAACUGGAGAAGUGGAAGAGAACACGGAGCUCUACGAAAAAAAUGGAUCGUCAUAGCAAGGGGAAUGCGAGUGGAGGGGGUGGUGGUGGUCCGCCUGAAAAGCCAUCAAUUUUGGAAGGCAUUCUACACAACCUAUUCGAAGGUCUUAUCGAUAAGGAUGAGACUGUGCGUACGGCCAUCAAAAGUUCCCUCGUCAAGAUUUUGGAAACACAUCCGGCGCGCGCUACCAACAUACUUGUGGACUAUCGAGAGAGAAACCCUAAACUGCCGGAACAAACAGUCAUCACAUUGCUAAAAGCCAUCGAACGAGUAGUCAACUCAGAUACAGCCGUACCCUUAGAGGCGAGUAAGAAGCUGAUAACAUUAGCCGUAGCGGAGCUGACGCGCUCAUCCGAACAUCAGCCACACAUCCAAGAUCAUGCACUGACCAUUUUAGUGGCCAUUGGCCGUAAAGAAUGCAAUGCGGUUAUGGAAGCAUUGAUGGCCAACACCAAAGAGGGCGCUAUCGCACAUUUCAUGGUAAUGCAGUGUUUGGGAGCUAUGGCCACGGCAAAUGUCGCUGGUGUUGUGCCUUUCAUCAAGCCGAUACUCGCGACUAUACUGCCGAAUCUGGGUGGCAUUAAGCACGACCACAUCAAGCAAGCACACGCAUAUGCUAUAGGCCACUUCAGUGAAGCACUACUGGAACACUCAUCUACACAUGGUGCUGCUGCUGCCGCCACAGCUGCAGCAAGCACCACUAAUGGCGAAUUGCCACCUACCUCGACAGCGGCACCCGAAACUACAGAUUUUACAACUGAUUGUGCUACCGAAAUUUCGGUUGCUUACGAUGUACUUUUCAAUCAAUGGCUGAAUUCGCGUGAACCCAAAGUAUGCGUCGAAAUAUUGCAAGCACUCUCUUCGAUGUAUCCGCUGUUGCCUGUCGACAAGAUACAGGAUCAAUCACCACGCCUAAUACCACAAAUACUGGCGCUUUAUCGUCGAUCGAUUGAGCGAAACUCUGUGACGCAAUUUCUCUCGUCGGUGUUGAAAACAAAUAUCACAUUGCAACCGUCGGUGUUGGACACAGUGGCCGAGCCAUUAAUAUCGAAUCUCUUCGAUUUGGUUUGUGUGUUCCCAGACUACGAAAAGCCACAGACUGUGAAGGGCCAUUAUGAAGUGCUACGUUGCUUUCACCUGCUCUCGGGCAUUUAUGCAGCGAAGAUUGUGGACACUUUAUUGAUACACUUGCGCAACAACAGCGAACGCGAUCGUAUCAAAUCGCUUCUGAUACUCACCCAUCUGAUGAAUACGUCCACGGCGCAAAUUGAAGAUAAAAUUCACGGUUUCUUAGAGUGUAUCAAAUCGAUGAUCGUAACAGAGAAGAGCAUCAAAAUGAAGAUGACUUUACUGAAGACCAUAGUGGCGUUAUCGCAGAAGGGUUUUAUCAAAGAGAAAGAGUUCGUUUGGUUUGUGAUACGCUACAGUUGUAAAUACACAAAGGUGAAUCAAGAGCACGGAUCACUAGAGGAACACGCCAACUUUGUGCUCUCCUGUGAGAACUCGCUCUUUAUGCUCUCCUCCACUGCUGGCACAAUGGAUGAGUUGUUGAAGCGCGAACUACUGAACUAUUUUGUAUUACUGGACUACACGGAUGUAUGCUCGAAUUUGGCUAAAUGCCUGGCUAGCCUCUUCUCCAAGUCGCCGAGCAUCGAAUAUGAAAUUGCGGCUGAUGAUGAGAGCGACGAAAAGAGAGAGGGCGCUGGUGAGGAACAAGGUAAAGAAAUUGGCCAGUCUAAUACAAAGAGCGGCAAAAUAAUUGUACCAUGUCCGGAGUCAAUAUUUGGAAGAUGUCUCGCUCUUUUGGGUCACUCUGUUAAACGCUCCUCCAACAUAUUGUCAUUCCUAAAAUACUACUAUCCACAUUUGAACCCCGAACUGAAUACGCUGUGGGAUAAACGCAUACCCGAUCUAUUGCUGCACAUCAAUAAAGAGCCGGUUUUUUCACGCAAAUUAAUUGAAUUCAUCACCGAAACGGUGGAAUACUUGAAUGCGCAUGAUGAAAACUUCGCUGAACGGCUGGUUAACAAAAUGUCCGAUCAAUUGAAUCUAUACCCCAUAAAUACGCCGCACACCGAAUUUGUCGUGCCUACCUUGUCGAUCGAGCGCGGCAUGUUGCUGAAAUCGCUCGCAUUGGCGCUGUGUUUUGUCACUGAAUUGCAAACCAUAAAUGCUAAAAUCGAUAUGAUCAUCAACUCGGCACGACAAGAGAAACUCGACAAGCAUGUGAAGCAUGCGGAAUAUGAGCAGAAAAUUGCACCAUGUGCCGUGGCGCUGGGCUAUAUUUCACGCAAACAUUUGACCCAUUUAAUUAAAAAAUUAGCCGAACUGGCACAUAUUGGCGGUCGAAAGCACUCGACAGGUUUCUUCAGCAAUUUGCACUUUAUCAAAGACACACACAAAGAGCAGGAGAUGUACAAGACGAAUUUAUUAGUUAUCAAAUCAUUCGGACACAUAUUGGACGAAUCGGAUCCCGUGCAGUCGUUGCAGAACCUCGACGAUACAAUACUUAAUUUUCUCAUUCUGCAAUUGACCGGCACCAAAGAUCAGACAAUUAUGUCGGCUAUCCUUAAGACUCUACUUAGCAUCUGUAAUCAAAUAAUUGCGACGAAAGAGCAACUAACCGCGCCGCUUAAAUAUCGUAAGCAGAUAAUGGAGGCGGUAUUUAGCAUACCAAUCGAGGCGCCAUUCAACGAUCUACCGCUACUGCCAACCAUUUUAAAACUGGGCACCGAUUUUAUACGCAUUGGUGGCGUUGAUACCACAGAGUCGGUCGAUGGUAGUGUUAUAUUCGAAAUUGCUUGUAAAAAUUUUUUCUCAUGCGCACAGCAUUUAAAAAUCAAGUUUGAUUCACCCGAGGAAGACGAGCGUAACAGUUUUCUGGCAAAACAUUUAAAUGAAUCUUUACCGGAAUUAAAUGCCCUAGCUAAAGCUAUCACUGAAACGGAUCCAUCACCUUCUACACUUGAUCUAAUCAUUUCGAUUUUAGAGUCGUGGACAAGGGACAAAAACUCAGAGGUCCGCAUUUGCGCCUCACACGUCUUCAAUAAUGCUCUGGAUGUGUAUAUAAAGACGAUGAAAAUUGGCUGUGAGGCGCCUUCAAAGUUCAAUCAAACUGGUCAAAUGUUGGGUAAAAUUGUUCCGCGUUGUAUAGAUUCGAACGGCACAGUGCGCCAGGUAUCGGUGGACAUUUUACAAAAGACGCUCGAAAUAUCGUGUAUUUAUGAGACCCUCACCAUUGCCGACAGCGAAACCGAUUGGGUCAAGGAGAUCGAAUUGGUGAAGGAGCAAAUCAUUACGGAUGAUCCAAAGAUGAUUUACCAUUUGGCCGGUGAAAUAGCUAAAGUAAUAUCUUUGCGCAUGUCCAAUUUUCAGUAUUUACAGUUUUGCAAAACUCUUCUGCAAGGGCUACGUGAUCCGGAGCAAAGUUCAUCGAUUGGCGCUUCGGUGGUGUUGAAAUUUUUCGUACAACACAAAGGCUCAGAGCUGUUCCACGCCAUUCCAGAUCUCGUCAAAGAGAGUUUGAGUGCUGUUCGAGAUUGUGAAAUAAAUCGCGCGCGCUCUGGUGUACUAAAAGCGCUCGUCGCGCUUACAAAACACCACCCAAAGCUGGUAUGCUUUGAAAUGCUGACUCAGCCUUUGCCGUACGAAAACAACAUCGUCGAAUACUGGCACCUUGUCGCCAGUGAUGCUGAACUAACAGCCGCGCUCCUGGACAAUUUCUUACAAAUAUUAAGUUCUUCGUGUCUGUACGAACCAAAUGAAGCGCCGGCAAGUGAUCGCCAAAAGAUUGCCAGCAUACAACCAUUUGCUAUUUUCUGUGCUCUAAAAGAAAUAAUGCCGUGCAAGGAUAUCAAAGAGGAAUUGUAUAAGAAAUUCCCCGAACUCUUCACUAUGAUGUUAACCUCCUUGGCCACUUACACAAACUUAGCACCACCCAUGCAAACAGGUAACCAACGCAGCAGUUCACCAACUCAUUCGGGCAUCAACGCCUCUACCAAUUCACUCUCCACUGUCGCCUCGACGACCAAAUCGAGGUUUGGUUUUGUGCCGAACAAAGAUCUGAUUAAACUGAAUCCCUGUCAAAUCGUGUUAGACACUUUUCAAGCAUUCCUUGGCAAUCUGGAAAUGGAACAAAUCGCCACAGUGCUCACAGUACAUACCCAAUUGGCCAGCAGCACCGAUCUGAAAAAUUAUAUCGAACUGCUGACACCAACAGCAAUUGGCCUCGUGAACCAGUUGCAAAUCUCGUCGAGCAUUAUGAAGCAGGUCGUUACCGCACUUAGCAAAUAUGUCUCAUCACCAUAUGAUGGCCAGCGUAUUGCGGCAGUGGGCUUGUUUUCACGUCUAGUGCCGCUGAAGCCGUGCGGCGAAAUCUCUUCAGUUAUUAUGCUGCACCUAAGUUCGGCGUUGAGCGAUCCAAAUGCCGUAGUGCGCGGCUUAAGCAUACAAGGUUUGGGGUAUGUGGGCAAUUUGACUGAACAUGACAUUGAAAAGUAUACGGAAACUGCGGUGACUGCCUUGCUGAAGGGCAUCGAUGAUACCGUUAGCGACUGUCUCAUAAAUAUCCCUUUGGAAAGCAUGCGCGGUUUAGCACGCAUUCUGCAAACAUUGCCCAGCGAUCGUCUGGAAUCAUUUCAUGUCUCAUUAGCAAUACGUAUUAGGCCAUUUUUUGGCAGCUACUCCAUCGAGAUACGUGAAGCGUCCAUUAUUCUCUUUGGCGAUCUGUGUGAGUCGAAGAAAGCGCAUGAUAAGAAUGGCAGCAUGUCGCCGAACUCCUCCUCCACAGAGGCGCUGCGCGAGCAGUUAAUCGCGAAUCUCUUUCCGAUUUUGCUGCAUUUGAGUGAGGGUGAAGCGACAAUAAUAAGAGCAUGCAAAGGUACUUUACGAAAGGUUUGUGGCUUAUUGAAUGCUCCAAAAGUGAACGAAAUGGCACAACGUCAUCUAAUCGAUCACGGCCAGUUGAACUAUGGUGUUUUUAUAGUGGAUUUUGUUAAGCUAAUCGCUAUGGACUUACCGGAUCAUAUACAAGAUUUCAUUGACUCUGCAAUACCGAAGUUACGUAGCCAAUGGGCAGAGGUGCGGGGCAGUGCUGCGAUAGUUAUAGGCAUACUCCACAACUUCCUACCGGAACGCAAUACCCAAACCGAAUCCGUGGGAAAUAAACUGGCUGUCCUACUAAAAGACGAAAAUCAUUUUGUACGCGUUAAAGCCGCUACGGCAUUGGGUUAUUUCUUUGGCGACAUUUGAAAGGAAAGAACCGUUGGCACUUCCACUCAAAAGCGCUAAUAUAAAAGUUUCUUUGAGUCCGUAUAAAAAGGAUUUGUGUACCUUAAAGCAAACUAAAAAUUCAAUGUGAAGAUCCGUAAAUGUGAUUAAUGGAAAUUAGGUUAAUCUGUAUUGUAUUAAAACUCAUUAUCUAUUACUGUGUAUUUAUAUGUAUGCAAGCAUCUAAUAUGUAUACGCCUAUCAUCUGCAUUAAAAAUAUUUAUGUGCAUGUGUCAUUGGAUUCUUUUUUAUAUCCUGCGUUUAUGAAGAAUAAUAGUUAAACUUUCGAUGCAUAUUUCCGGCUUGUCUAAAACUGCAAAAGUGUUUAUUUGAUUUAAAGUUUCUCAUACAUAAGUCUAUAUUGAAUGUUAAUAUUAUAUAUGAAGUCUAAUUGUAUCCAAAAAGGUGAAAAUAGGAAAACACUUGGAGAGUCCUUGUAUUGUUUUGUUAUUUGUUUAUUAAAAAUAAAAUGUAAAAUUUGAAGCAAAA